CGUCACCACGUUGUUGCGCCGUUCCGCCUUUCCUAGAGCCAGGAGCCUGCACGAGCUAACUGCUAACUUUCUGAAUUCAAGUUCACAAAGUUAUUCUGUCUAAAUAAUCUGUACGUGGUUUGAUCAUCACCGUGAAUCAUCACCGGGAUCUUCUGCCAAACCGACCCAGUGACCAUACUCUCUCCGGCGGGGAAAACUGAGCAAUGUACAAUGGGAUUGGCCUGACGACUCCUCGCGGCAGUGGUACUAAUGGCUACGUCCAGAGGAACCUGUCCAGCAUCCGGACGAAGCGUCCGCGAGAAGAGCGCCCCCUGGAUGACAAAGAGCGUGAGCGACUGGAGAGUCAGCUCAACCGGCAGCCCAAUGCAGACAUCCUGGAACACCAGCGCAAGAGGCAGCUGGAGGUCAAAUGUGCCGAGCUGCAGGACAUGAUGGAGGAACAGGGGUACUCUGCUGAGGAGAUCGAGGAGAAGGUAAACAGUUUCCGAAUGAUGCUUCAGGAGAAAGAAGAACCCACCCCAAAACCCAAUGAGAAACCAAGUGUGACAGAGACGCACGCUCUGGCUGCGGCGAAUCAGCAGAAGAAUGACCGACUGCGCGCGGCGUUUGGGAUCUCCAGCGACUACGUGGAUGGGUCCUCAUUUCACGCCGACCGCAAAGAGAAAGAGAAGGAAAAGAGGGAGCAGGAGCGUCAAGAAAGGGAGAGACAGCAACAGCAGAAAUACACUUUGGUAGAAGACUCUGAUGACUCAGAUUCUCCUCCAAAGAAACGGAGCCGGAAGAAGAAAAAGAAAAAUAAGAAACGUGAAAGUUCAGAAGAUGAAUCCUCUCCGUCCCCCAGCAGAGACAAGAAGAAAUCUAAAAAGAAGAAAAAGAAACAUGAAUCUUCAGAAGAGGAAGAAGACAGUUCUUCAAAUGAAAAGCGAAAAGUGUCAAAGAAGAAGUCAAAGAAAAAUGAGAGUCCUACCCCUAAAUCUAAGGUGGCGCGUCAGAGAAGUGUGUCCUCCAGCUCUGAGCACAGUGUGUCUUCGCCCCCAAGGUCCCGCCCACAGGAAGUGAAAAGGAAGGAGAGCGAGCGAAAAGGGCGGUCUCCAGAGCGACGGAGGGACAGAGACGAGCCCAGCCCCCAACGACAACAGUCUGAUAAUAAGAGGUCGAACGUUGAGCGUGAGAAAGCUGCACAGAAGCGCCGUCAUGACUCCUCUUCUCCAUCUCCUGCUCCUCAAAAAGAACGAGGGAUGAGAUCAGGAAGCAAAGGCCGAGAAAACGACAAGACUAGAGAGGCAGAGCGAGGGAGGAGGUCACGCAGCCGUGACCUGGACAGACGACAACAUGAACCGGAACGGAGAGAGCGAUCCAGGAGCAGGGAGGAGAGGAGGACAGAGAUGGGUAGAACAAAACGAUCUAGAAGUAGAGAGAUGGAGAGAGAGAAACGGCAACCUGAUAGAAGAGGGAGGUCUAGAAGUAAGGAGGCCCAGAAGGAGCAAAGCAGAGAAAUGGAGAGAGGAAAGAAUGCAUCGCGUAGAGGAGGAGAAGAGAAAAGUGAUGCUAAACAAAAACCUAAAAACAGACAUGAUUCUUCGCCCUCUCCAUCUCCUCCUCCUCUUCCUCAAAGCAGACGAGCGGAGGCAGUGAUGUCGAGGAGGUCUAGAAGCAGAGAGGGUGAAAGAGGAAGGAGGCCGAGAGCGGAGGAGGAGAGGAGAGAUUCGGACAAAACGAAACCAAGCGCCCCUCCGCAAAGAUCUAGACACGAUUCUUCCUCCUCUUCAUCGUCCUCGUCAUCUUCGCCUUCCCCCGCUCCUGCUCAAACAAGACCGGAGCCACCGAAAAGCAAAUGGAGUGAUGACAAAGGAGAGAAAGAAAGAAGUAAAGGCAUAGAAACAAAGAGGAGGUCACAAAGCCAAGACAAAAAUGGUGGAAGAUCUGAAAAAACACAGGUCUCUAGAGGUAGAAGGUCUAGAAGUGGUGAUAGGAGGGAUGCUGGGAAACCAAAUGUCCCUCAAAGAAAUAGACGGGCUUCCUCGUCAUCUCCAUCUUCUCCGCCUCCAAAAAUUCCAUUGCGAGAAGACUUGCGGAGUAGAGACAAAGACGGCGGUAACAAAAAAGCACGACAUGAUUCGUCCUCCUCGCCAUCGCCAUCACGGCAAUCGAAGCCAGCCCCAAAGAGGAGAGAGGAGAGGGAAAGCAGAGAGGGGGACAAGGGGAGGCGCUCUAGAAGUAAGGAGAGAGGAGCUAAAGAUGAGGCUAGAAGUGAAAAAAGUAGUCGUAAAAAUAGACACGAUUCUUCGGCGUCGCCCUCUCCUCUUCCUCCCCCUCCUCUUCGGUCGUCGCAGGGGUCGAGGAGAAGUAGAGAGAAAGACGGGGACAGGAAAGCGAGACGCGAUUUGUCUGCGUCGCCAGAAAGACGAAAAGAUACAGGGAAGAGAGAGGUGACGUCACAGCAACUCAGAAACGAAGAGAGGGAAGGACCGAGAUCCAGAGAAGCGCGCCAAGUUUUAUCCGAAAAGCAAGAUAAGGAUUCACGAGAGGAGAGGAGCAGGAGAGGAGGAGAGGGUGAGAGGAGGAGUGAGAGAGGAGAGGGUGAGAGGAGGAGUGAGAGAGGAGAGGGUGAGAGGAGGAAUAUGAGAGGAGAGGGUGAGAGGAGGAAUGAGAGAGGAGAGUGUGAGAGGAGGAGUGAGAGAGGAGAGGAAGUAGAAAGGAGGAGAGAGAAAGAGUUGGAAAGGAGGGGCAAUAGAGGAGAGGAGGUGGAGAGACAGAGGAGCGACAGAGCAGAGGAGGUGGAGAAGAGGAGAGAGAGGGCAGAGGAGGAGGUGAAGCAGAAGGAGAAGGCACCGAGUCCUAAAAAGAAAGCCGGUGAAAAGAAGCGUGAGAGCAGCAGCAGCAGCAGCAGUGACAGUGACUCCUCCUCCUCUUCUUCGUCAACGUCAUCCUCCUCUUCAUCGUCCUCUUCAUCAUCCAGCUCCUCAUCUGAAGAUGAAGGUAAAACGUCUUCAGAUAAAGUCAGAGAAGCUGCGAUUGGAGCUGCCGUCCAGAGACAUUUCGCAAACGGAAGAAAAGAGAGUCCUGAAGCGACGCGACACCUGCAAACCGACAGGACUGACAGGGACCAGAGGAGCGACAGGACUGACAGGGAGCAGAGCGCAGGUGCUCGGCGCAUAGGGCAGGAGCGGUACAGCCCCUCUCAGGUGGACAGCCCCAGCCCUCCUCCUCCUCCUCCUCCUGCUCAGAGACACUCACCUCCCCACACCGAGGACAGAACCAGGACCAGAGACCGAGAAGCAGACAGGAAAACCUCCAGGUCAAGUCCUCAGGCCAGACGCUCUUCUCCACCACAGAAAAGCUCAUCCCCCCCACAUCGCCGCACCCCACCCCGGCAGUACCAAGACCCUGCACCAUCGAGGGGGAGGCGCGCAUCUCCUCCCAAAGGCUGGUCUGAGCGGGACAGAGAACGGGACAGAGAACGGGACAGAGAGCGAGAGAGAGAUCGAGAGAGAGAUCGACCAAGGGACAGAGACAGAGACUUUGAGAGACAACGGGACAGGGACAGAGAAAGAGACAGAGAGAGGGACAGGCAGAGAGACAGAGAGAGGGAGAGAGAUAGGGAAAGAGAGAGAGAAAGAGAGAGAGAUGGAGGACGGCCGAUUCGGAGGAGCAGGUCCAGGUCACGAAGUCCAAGACGAACCCCACCUCUGAACAGGUCGAAAAAUGUGUCUCCGCCCCCACAGCAGAGGAGGAGGAGUCGCUCUACUUCACGAGAUCGAGGCAGAGCUCCACGAGAGGCAGACAAACCGCGAGCUCCACCAAAAGAAGCUCCCAAACGUUCUUCUUCAUCCUCCUCUUCGUCCUCCUCCUCCUCUUCCUCCUCACCUUCACCAGAGCGACAGAAACAGGCCCGAAAAUCCCCUCCAAACCCAGACACGCGCACGGACGAUCAGAAGGCGCGCUCCAGUCUCUCAUCCUCUAAAGCCCCGCCCACCGACAGACGCCAGUCACCGGCUGUGAGCCAAUCAGAGAGUGGAGGCAGGGAGCGGGAGGCGGAGCUCAAGGGGAGGAGCGAAGUGAACGGAAAACAAACCAAAACGGACAAAAAGACGGAUAAAAAACGACACAGCAGCAGUUCCUCCUCAUCCUCUUCAUCGUCAUCGUCCUCUUCCUCGUCAUCCUCAGACAGUUCGGACUCAGAGGGGGAGCAAAAGAAAGGGAAAAAGGCUCAAACCACCACUCAGAGCUCCGAGUCGUCGUCCUCCUCUUCUGAAGACGAGAAGGAAACUAAGAAUAAGAGCAACUCUUCUGGCCGUGAGAGGGUUCCUGCUGAUUCGCUCAGAGACUCGCGCUCGCUCAGUUACUCUCCACCCAGACACAUGAGAGGCAGCCGCAGCAGUGGCAGCCGUCCGUCUCCCAGUCGCUCGUCCAGCAGCAGAAAUAAGAAAUGAUCCAUGUUUUUUUACCCAAACUGACCCUGGUCCAGUCUGAGGAGGGACUCUGCUCUGGAGCCUGUGACCUCUGACCUCCGACCCUGCCCUCUGACCCUGCGCUGGGCCCGGACUUUUCUUCUUAUUCUUUUACACAGUGAAGUAGCCCUACUGCUGGUGUUCUGUGUUUAUGUAGAUAUGAGCUGAACCAUACCAUGGUUUCUCCUUAUGUAACAAAGAUUAAGUGAUUUGGAAUUCUUGUUGGCAGAAUCUGCAACUCGUACUUUUAUUUCUUUGUUGAAAUUGUUAAUAUUAAUAAAACGUAACUGUACAUUUUA